CAUUUUAUCAUUUCUUUUCCAAAGGCGGCGUCGAUCGAUUUCCGAGCUCAAGUUGGUCCAUGGCUAAGAGUAAAGGAAAGAAGUCUAGAAAUAAUGGGCCUCAUGUGAACCCCCCAAAUGCGAGUAAGAAGAUAGAGAAGAAAUCUUCAAAGAAAAAGAAGAAAGUGAAGAAAAUCAACGAGGCUUCUGCCCUUGAUAUUGGUCCUUCUUCUACUUCUACUCCUAAUACGACUAUCAUUGCUUCCUCUAAUGCCACUCCUCCUAAUGCUAGCAAUAAAGGGGAGAAAAAGAAGGAGAAGGGGAAUGAGGAGUGGGUUUUUGGGUUUAUAUUCAUGUGUAAUGGAAAAACAAAACCUCAAUGCUACCAAUAUCGUGUUUUUGGGCUACCAACGGGGAGAAAGGAAGAAGUAGCAAAAAUCAAAGUGGGAACGAAGCUUUUCUUGUUCGACUUUGACUUGAAACUUCUCUAUGGCAUAUAUGAGGCAAGCUCUAAAGGACAAAUGAAUUUGGAACAAGACGCUUUCAAUGGGAAAUUUCCUGCACAGGUGAAGUUCAAGAUUUGGAAGGAAUGUUUACCACUUUCUGAGGGUGCUUUCAAAAAUGCUAUUCGAGAUAACUAUGAAGGCUCCAAGUUUAGGCCGGAGCUUACUAAAAAACAGGUGAAAGCUUUAAUUUCAUUGUUCCGUCCAAUCAAUGUGCCAUUACCAACUUCUGUUGCUCCUUUGGGUUCGAAUGUGGCCCCACUACAUUCAUUCCCAGCUCCACUUGUGGAGGAACAGUUCCGCCCAUCGGCAGGACUGCCUCCUUUAGAGGACCCAUAUUUACCAGGCGUUCAACAUACUCAUGGCCCACUUGUUUUGCAUCCUCGUUCUGCUCAAGUGGUUUCAUCUUCGCUAUACGAUCAUUAUGGAGCAACUGCACCACCAUCUUCAGUGUAUGAUCAUUAUGAAGCAGCGCCCUCUGUGGCACGUGUGCAAGCUUCAAUAGAAGAACCUCGUGUUGUUCGGCAGACUACUCUUCCUCAUCAUACUGACCCCUAUUAUUGCACAGCAGCACCUCAGACAUACUUGACUGAAAAACCUGUCUCAUCCACACAAUAUCCAUACAGAAGGUAUGUGACUGCACCUGAGAUGGUUCGUAGAGACCAUCCUGUUGGUUAUGAAAGGGAGUAUCGUGUCUCUCACUUGCCAAGGGUGGAUGAAGCCCUCCUACCAAUCGAAGCUUUAGUUGAUUACUACAAUCAACGCCCGCUACCAGCUGCAAACACCCAUCCUUCAUUACGACCCCAUGCUUUGGGACCACCAUAUGUCCCAGCACCGGCAUCACAUGCAUUACCAGAAUUGCCAUCUUCGCAUAGAUCAUAUUAUGCUCGAGAGGAACCAAGCCGGGUUUAUGCUGUCGAUCCUCUUCGAAGACCAAUGCCUGGAAGGCUGAGCUUGGCUGAGCCAGUUGCACCGGUGUCUUCCUUUUAUUCCUUUGCUGGGCCUCCGCCAACUUUCCGGUAAGAAUGAAUUGAAAGUGGAAAUUUAGGGGUGAUGGUGAACUUUUGCUUAUUAUUGAGAAGGCAAAGCUUUUUGAACUCCUUUUCAGCUCUGUUACUUGUAUGCUUGAUGCCAUCAACUUCUUCAUGCAAUUUUAAGAACAUUUGUCCUAGUAGGCCUGAAUGUGCCUCUCUUCACAUGGAGGGUUUCUUAAAUGCUAAGCACAAUUUCUAUUA